AGAUGAAACCUAGUCCUGGAUUUUGGAGCGCUUUCAAUGAAAAUACUCUGUCUAGGACUAUGCUUACUCGUUGUCUGAAACAGGCCCUAAAAAUUUGAAAUGACGUGGCUCUGGAGUUGUCAAAUCAAAGUUACUGACUACAGAUGGGCCCAGUACCAAUACUCCAGAAAUGAUGUAAUCAGAUUGCAAUUGGUGGUGACUGCUUACACCUAUCCAAUCUCUUAGACUUGUGCUUACCUCAAAGAAAGGUGCAUUCAUUUAUACUGAAAUAUAAAGUCAUGUCAACGCUUUUACUGGGUUACAGUUCAAGUAAGGAAAUUGGUCAAUUGAAAGAAUCAUUAGGUGCUAAUCUAUGCAUUCCACGCGGCCCGGCUGGGGCACAGCUAUCUGCAUGUCUGGGGGAGCAUAGUCCCACCCACUUGGGAUUCAGGUCCAGCCAAUCAAAAUGGGGUUUUCCCCACAAAGGGGCUUUAAUAGAGGUGAUCUAGUUUCAUCAGCUGUCUGCGUGGCUGGUCUCAGACAGUCCCACAGGUGAUGCGGAGGUCCUGGGCUGGCGUGGUUACCUGCGGUUGUGAUGCUGGUUAGACGUACUGACAAAUUCUCUAAAAUGACAGACGUGGAGAAUUAAACAAUGGUUUUUUUCCCCCUUCACUUUUUCUCCCCAAUUUGUACUUUGUCGUGUUCCAUUGCUGCACCUCCCCUGCGGACCCAGGAGAGACGCCGGUUGAGAGCCGUGUGUCUUCCGAAACAUGACCUUGGACUGCUGCGCCACUUGGGAGGCCCAAACAUUCAAUUCACUGACAACAGCUCUAGUACACAUGCAUGCCAAUUGCAUGUGCUCUCAAAACUAGAGACAUCUGUGGCAUUAUCUUGUGCACCUUAUAUUGUCCCAGCACAAGGUGUUCCUGUGUAAUGAUAUUGUUUAAUUAGCUUCUUUGUAUGCCGCACUUGUCAGGUGGAUGGAUUAUCUUGUUAAAGGACAAAUGCUCACUAACGAGGAUGUAAGAAUUUGAGAAAUAAGCUUUUACUUAUGGAACAAUUCUGGAAUCUUUUAAUUCUGUUCAUGAAACAUGGGACCAACACUUUAUAUUUUUGUUCAGUAUAGUAAUAAGCUGAAGCACAACCCUCCCCCCCAAAAAAUUGUAGAGGUGUUGCCUAGGUGUAUACUAGGGGAAAAAAUACACAUUCGCACGCAGUUAUGCUGAUCCUGGAAUUGACCUGGGCCUGGUUUCCUGAUAGCAAUGGAAUUUGGGUGUAUGAGUUUUAACAUGCAUCUUACUUUUUCACCACUAGUUUACCCAAUGGCAUUUCAUACCUUAGGGACAAGAAUAUUAUAAUAGAUGUAGACUAUUAUAGUACUCUUCUGAUGGCUAGAGUUGUAAGGAAAGUGAAUGUCUGCAUGCUAAUUGUGGCCUUUAUUGAGUCUUAAGUUUGGCAGGCUGAAUUCCUUAAACAUGACUAACUAAAGAACAGGCAGUGUAUGGGUAAAAUAGUGGAUUUCUAUACCAGCUGUCAGACCAGUGCAUAGUGAUAAUCAGUCUCAUAAGAUUCAUCCACUUCAUAGAACAUUCACGUUGUUUGUUACAGCAGGCUCAUUAAUGUUAUACAGUGUUUUCGUUUAUUGGACACUGUUGGAAUGACCAUAGCAUUGGUUACUGUCUACAACAAAGUAGACUAGACCACUCACCACUGAUCUGCUUGGAUACAAAGUUUUGCAUCCCAAAUGGCACCCUAUUCCAAAUAUAAAACAAUUUUAUGAGAAUCCUAUUUCCCAUACUAUAUAGGGGAAUUGUCUCUUCUGGUUUUGGAGAACCCGCUAUGGAUGCUGUCAACACUGGGGCAAAGCUGAUUGCAGACUGAAGACGGCCAACUAUUGAAAAUGCAAAUCUUAUACAGAAGCAAUUUUCUGAGGUACAGUGUAUUCGGAAAGUUUUCAGACCUCUUGACUUUUUCCAAAUUUUGUUACUUUACAGCCCUAUUCUAAAAUUGAUUAAAUCUGCCUCAAUCUAAACACAAUACCCCAUAAUGACAAAGCAUGUUUGCUCAUUUAUAAAAAAUACUUUGUUGAAGCACCUUUGGCAGUGAUUACAGCCUCAAGUCUUCUUGGAUAUGAUGCUACAAGCUUGGCACACCUGUAUUUGGGGAGUUCUCCCAUUCUUCUCUGCAGAUCCUCUCAAGCUCUGUCAGGUUGUAUGGGGAGUGUCGCUGUACAGCUAUUUUCAGGUCUCCAGAGAUUUUUGAUGUGGUUCAAGUCUGGGCUCUGGCUGGGCCACUCAAGGACAUUUGUCCCUGCAGGGCCACACCCAGUGACUGUCCAGCUUUUGCCAACGACCUUUUCUUUCUCAGGGGGCUGUAAACCCAGACCAGCUCACCAGACUCAAAGUGCCUCCCCCAGGUGUGCACAUUAUUGUUUAUUUUCUGCCUCACACCUGCGCUCAUAAGCUGGUCAUUGUCGAAAGUGUGGGCUGUGUCUAGGGGGUCCUGGAGUCUCCUGGCAUAUUCCAUGAACGCCAUAUCUGCAGGGGUGCGGAUCUUUCGACAGUAGUGCAGCAUGCCAUGAGGACCAUGGGCAGCUGCUUGUCUCGGUCACGCUGGUGUUUGGGAGAUGAUAGCUAGCUGCUGUGCAAGCAUUUUGUUGGAGUGCUCCAUGAGGCCAUCGCUUUGUGGGUGUUGCGGGUCUUGUGCAUACCCAGCAGCUCACACAUGGUGGUGGUGAACACACGUGACUCAAAGUUUCUGCCUUGGUCGCUCUAAAUGGAUACCGCCGCGCCAAACCUGCUGAACAUACCCGCUGUGAGGGCAUAGACUAUGGUCUUUGCUUUCUGCUCAGGCAGAGCGUAGCUCUCGGGUCAUUUUAUGAAAUAGUCCAAUAACUAUGUACACAGCCUCAAUUCGUCAGGGCAUGGACUACAAGGUGUCAGAAACGUUCUACAGAGAUGCUGGCCCAUGUUGACUCCAAUGCUUCCCACAGUUGUGUCAAAGCUGAAUGUCCUUUAGGUGGUGAACCAUUCUUGAUACACACGGAAAACUGUUGAGCAUGUCCCCUCGCCCCGAUACGGGCGCGAACCAGGGACCCUUUGCACACAUCAACAGUCACCCACGAAGCGUCGUUACCCAUCGCUCCACAAAAGCCGCGGCUCAUGCAGAGCAAGGGGAAACCCUACUUGAAGUCUCAGAGCAAGUGACGUAACCGAUUGAAACGUUAUUAGCGCGUACCCGCUAACUAGCUAGCCAUUCACAUCCAUUACACCAGCAGCGUUGCAAUUCUUGACACACUCAAACCGGUGUGCCUGUCACCUACUACCAUGCCCUGUUCAAAGGCACUUCAAACUUUUGUCCUGCCCAUUCACCCUCUGAAUGGCACACAUACACAAUCCAUGUCUCAAUUGUCUCAAGGCUUGGAAAUAAUUUGUUAACCUGUCUCCUCCCAUUCAUCUUCGCUGAUUAAAGUGGAUUUAACAGGUGACAUCAAUAAGAGAUCAUAGCUUUCACCUGGAUCCACCUGGUCAGUCUAUGUCGUGGAAAGAGCUGGUGUUCCUAAUAUUUUGUCCAUUCAGUGUAUUUAUAUUUAUAUUCUGGUUUUUGACAUUACUCAUUCUGAUAUUUCUUAUUUUACCUUUUUUUUUUGGUGGAUAAAAAAAAAAUGUGCUAGGUAUUACUGCAUUAAUUUUUGGAGCUAGAAGCACAAGCAUUUCGCUGCACCUGAGGUAACAUCUGCAAAUCCGUGAACACGACCAAUAAACUUUGAUUUGAUUUGUUGCUUAUACAUUGUUUUUACAUUCAGGAAAAAAAUAACAUCUUAUUAAAAUAUGUCUAUCUUUAGCCUAUAAGUUGCAUCUUUCCAUGCCAUACUUUUUCCCAUUUUACUUAUUUUCAUUAGACUACCAUUCAGGUUCUUGGCUAAUGUCUAUGGUCCCUGCAGGUUCUGCGCGCCUUCGCCUCGUGUCCCGUGCCCCUUAUUCAUGCGCGCUCCCGUAUAGGGACAGUGCUUGUCUGUGGAGGGAUCGCUCAAAUGUGAAAGACUGGACCAGCGGACAGGAUGGCCGUGGCUGAAACGGCGUGCUAAUUUUCUUUUUCACAGAUAAUCUUGGGAUGCUUUCCUUUAACGACUUCCCUGCAUCUUUUGUCUACUGUGCGUGUCAACGGGUUUACAUUAUCCAGCAUGCUUUUCCAUAAUAAUAGCUUAUUAUUGCUUUGUUACAGAAGACGGGACUGAUGAGGAUACUUCCAACAGCAGAUGAGCUGUCUGUUUACUAAAGACAAUAAACGAACUCUACUAGAUCUUGGAUAACAAAACUAGUGCCGGGAUGUCUUCGAUACGGGAUGAUUAUAUUGCACCUUGGUGGACUUAUUGGCUACACAAUUUUCCUCAUGUCAACCUGAACUUCCAGCCCAUCGAUAACACCUUCACCCCCCAGGAUCAGAACUACCAGCAGUCGUUAAUCUUCCUGGGCUGUGUGGCGGCUGCGGGCCUGGGCCUGAAUCUGCUCUGUCUGGCUAUCUACCUGAGCUGUCUGUGCUGCUGUCGUAAAGACGAGGAGGAGGAGAGCAAGAGGCCCAACUCAUGCUGUGUCACCUGGUCCGCCGUCGCCGCUGGACUCAUCAGCUGUGCUGCGGUGGGAGUGGGUUUCUAUGGCAACAGCGAGACCAACGACGGGGUUUACCAGCUGACGUACUCCCUGUACAAUGCCAAUCACACCCUGGGAGGGGUCGACAAUCUGGUGACUAACACCAUGGGUAGCAUGGAGAGUGGUCUGAAGCAGCACCUGGCGAGGCUGGAUGAGAUCUUCGCUACGCGGGGAGACUACGUACAGACCCUACGCUUCAUGCAGCAGAUGGCUGACAAUGUCAUCAAACAGCUGUUGGGCCUUCCUGACUGGGACAUGGCUAAAGUAGACCUGGCCGCUAUCGCAGACCAAACCGCAUACGUAGAGUACUACAGGUGGCUCUCCUACCUGCUGCUACUGAUCCUAGAUCUGGUCAUCUGUCUGGCGGCUUGCCUGGGCCUGGCCAAGCAGUCUCGCUGGCUGCUGACCACAAUGAUGGUGUUUGGGGUGCUGACGUUGAUCCUGAGCUGGGCGUCUCUGGGAGUUGACCUUGCCACAGCUGUGGGCACCAGUGACUUCUGUGUGAUCCCAGACAAGUUCAUCAUGAACCAGACCAAGGACCUGAUCAGUUCUGAUAUAGUGCAUUACUACCUGUACUGCAGCCAGACCCUCCCCAACCCAUUCCAGCAGUCUCUGACCAUCUUCCAAAGGUCUCUGACCACCAUGCAGAUCCAAAUACAGGGCCUGCUGCAGUUUGCUGUGCCUCUCUUCCCCACCGCUGAGAGAGACCUAUUGGGCAUCCAGCACCUGCUCAACUCCUCAGAGGCUAGCCUCCACCAAUUGACUGCCCUGCUGGACUGUAGAGGACUCAACAAGGACUACAUGGAUGCGCUGAUCGGUGUGUGUUAUGACGGGGUGGAGGGCGUGCUAUACCUAUGCCUCUUCUCUACCCUGGCAAUUUGUGCCUUCUGUGCCAUGCUGUGUGCCAUCCCCCGGGCAUGGACACAUAUCGCCAGCAGGGAGCGUGAUUAUGACGAUAUAGACGAGGAGGACCCAUUUAACCCUCAGGCCAGACGCAUGACGACCCACAACCCCAACCAUGCCACCAACGUGCACAGCUUCUGCAGCUACAGCAGCAGUAUGGGUAGCCAGAGCAGCCUCCACCCGCCUGCCGCACAGGCUGUGUCCAAUGCACCCGUUUCAGAGUACAUGAACCAGUCGGCGCUGUUCGGGGGGAACCAGCGGUACGAGAACGUUCCUCUGAUCGGGAGAGGCUCACCGCCCCCCUCGGUAUACACUCAGCAAUUUAGAAACAGAUACUCCCCCAGCAUGAGGGCUACUUACCUGUCCAUGACUGAGGACCAGAUCAGACACUUUGGGAAUGAUUUCCAGGCAUAGAGCUGCUCCUCCCUCGAUCUCUCUCUCCGAGAGGGGUUCUCAAACAGGCGAACAUGCACACACACAAAAACAACUACUUCAGCAGUGUGUGACUCUGUGGCUGCUGCACAGACCCUAUCCUCGUCCAACUCACUGGAAUGGACCAAGGCCUGAUAUGAGGAAAGGUGUCACACACACAGUUGUCCCACCCCAAACCCCAGAGCAUAAUGUGUAUGUCUCAGUCACCGUGACUCCAGCCCGUAUUCUAUUAUAGGAUUCUAUUCAUUCUAUUUGUAAUAAUGAUUUAUUUUAAAAACACUAGCUUGAUUCAUUCACUCCGACGAGACAAAAGCAACUUUUACAAGAAAUGACUUUACUAAUGAUCUAAAUUGUUCAGAAACCAAUUAUUUGUAUCCAUCUAUGUUGAAGUGACACUUCUUAUAAAACAUAUUUUAAGAAUUGAAGCAUGUUUUUGGGCCUAUAACCACUCCCUAUUCUCCAAAACAGUUUUUCUAUAAUUACAGUAUAUCUACUGUAAGUCUAUGACUGCUUGUGACUAUUCCUCGCUUGCUAAAAGACAUUCUCUAUCUGACCUCUUCAAAGACUUGAUGUGGACUGCUGAACUAUCUGGAGGAACCAGCCACAAUAUAUUAAUUAUCCAAAUCAAAAGAAGGAACCAUACCAUUCUGUUGAUAUCUGAAAUUGGCCAAGCACAAGGACAUCAGAAAUUACAUUUUCACAUUCUUAGAACUGAAUACUGUAAUUUCGACUGUCGGAGGGUCCUCCUUUCCCUCCAAGGCAACAGACAACAUAUGCCAUAAUAUUAGUUAUAUGUUUCCACAUACAGUUGAGACAUAAACCUUGUGAAGCACAAACUCAACCCUGAUUGUAUGGUAGGGCCUGGGAUAGUGACCCUACACAAUGCCCAACACUGAUCUUUCGCAGAUACCCCUCUGUGUUGCUUGCUCUUCUCCAUUCAAAAAGUCCUGCACGGUGUCUGACACAGGAUUUUAUGUUUUGAGCCAUCACUUCAACGACUAAGACAUGUUACAAAUGUUAUUUGUCCACACACGUUAACUGAUGCGCAUUUAAACUAUACUGUAUGUUGACUUCUGUAAAUACCUUGUACGUUUACAGAUUGUUGUGUCUUAUUUUGUAGUAUUUCAUUCAUUUUAGGGUUGUCCUAAUGUGCCACUGGUUGUGUGAUAUCUGUAGCUUGUUUUAAACCAAUAAAGCCCUUAGGAGAGCAUUGCUCUGCCAUAAUAUCAGAUAUUCUUUUCAGGGGCCGUUGUUAAAUGAUGGCAUUCGGUUGGAUGUGUAUUGUAAUAGUACCAUAUCAACUUGAGUUUUGGUCAUGACUUGGAAGUGGCUGCAAACUAUCAUGGUGAGAGAAAUCGUGUUCAGACAGCAGUUUUAACCUUACUAAUGAUAAUUUUCUUCCAUUUUGAGAAAACAUAUCAUCAUACUCUUAAUGAACAGGCCGGUUUGAGCUAUCGUCAGAUAAUGUUUAAUUCUGUAGGAUUUUAUAAUAUUAUUUUGUUUGUUUUGUUAAUUUUUUCAGUUUGAAUGCAUGUGAAGUAGCACUGUCUACAACCAUUGAGAGUGGUGCUUGAUGUGUAUCUAUCCUCAGAGAUGGGAUAUAAUUGUGAAUUAAUAAUAAAAUACUUUUGAGUAUUCUCA